AUGAUAAUCCGAGCCGUUACCAAGGCUCCCUUGGCCUGCCCCCGGGGCAUUACACACAUACAGCUCUGCCGCCGGCCGUGGCUCCCCCAGAGCCCGCGAGCCCCGAUCCGCAUCUUCCAGACGAGCGCGCCCUCGAGACGCGAGCAACCAAAGAACCCCGCCGCAACGACGACGACGACGACAACGACGACAAAGUCUAGUGAUGGAGUCGCCGACAAGACAUCGGGGAAGCCGUUCAAGGCCGAGCCCGCAGCAAAGGCCAAGAAACCCGUCGAUCCUAUGGCCAUCCCCGAGAAGAACGCGCAGGAACAGCGCAAGGCCGACUGGGCAAUCAUGAAGGAGAUGUCGCGGUACCUGUGGCCCAAGGACAGCAUAGGCACCAAGUUUCGCGUCGGGUUGGCCGUCUCCCUGCUCGUCGGUGCAAAAGUCCUCAACGUCCAGGUGCCCUUCUACUUCAAGAGCAUCGUCGACUCCAUGAACAUCGAUAUCGGCGCGACCGGCGGCACGGCGGCAACGAUAGCCGGAAGCAUGGUCCUGGCAUACGGCGCCACGAGGAUCGGUGCCACCAUUUUCCAGGAGCUGCGCAACGCCGUCUUUGCCUCGGUCGCCCAGAAGGCCAUCCGCAGAGUCGCCUGCAACGUCUUUGACCAUCUGCUGCGGCUGGACCUCAGCUUCCACCUGUCCAAACAGACGGGAGGUCUGACGAGGGCGAUUGACCGCGGAACCAAGGGAAUCAGCUUCCUGCUGACGAGCAUGGUCAUCCACAUCCUGCCGACGGCCCUGGAAAUCUCCAUGGUCUGCAGCAUCUUGACCUGGCAGUACGGCGCAAAGUUCGCCGCCAUCACCAUCCUGACCAUGGUCGGCUACACCGCCUUCACCAUCUGGACGACGGCCUGGAGGACAAAGUUCAGGAGACAGGCCAACGCCGCCGACAAUAAGGCCUCGACCCUCGCCGUGGACUCCCUCAUCAACUACGAGGCCGUCAAGUACUUCAACAACGAAAAGUUCGAGGUCGCCAGGUACGACAAGGCCCUGCAGGCCUACGAGAAGAGCUCCAUCAAAGUCGCCACGUCUCUGGCCCUGCUCAACAGCGGUCAGAACAUCAUUUUCUCAUCCGCCUUGACUGCCAUGAUGUAUCUGGCCGCCGACGGCGUUGCCCACGGCACGCUCAGCGUCGGCGACCUCGUCAUGGUCAACCAGCUGGUGUUCCAGCUUUCGGUUCCGCUCAACUUCCUUGGCUCCGUUUACCGUGAGCUCCGUCAGUCGCUGCUUGACAUGGAGACCUUGUUCAGCCUGCAAAAGGUCAAUGUCUCCAUCAAGGAUGCGCCUGACGCGAAACCCCUGGCCCUGUCCAAGGGCGGCGAGAUCAGAUUCGAGAAUGUCACGUUCGGCUACCAUCCCGAUCGCCCCAUCCUGCGCAACCUCUCGCUCACCAUCCCGGCCGGCAAGAAGGUCGCUGUCGUCGGUCCCAGUGGCUGCGGCAAGUCCACCCUUCUCCGCCUGCUCUUCCGCUCCUAUGACGCCCAGUCCGGCCGCAUCUUCAUCGACGACCAGGACAUCCGCCAGGUCCAGGUCGACUCGCUCCGCCGGUCCAUUGGAGUUGUUCCUCAAGACACUCCCCUUUUCAACGACACCAUCGAGCACAACAUCCAAUACGGUGACAUGUCAGCGCCCAAAGAGCGGGUUAUUGCCGCCGCCCAGCGCGCGCGCAUUCAUGAGAUCAUCGAGCGGUUCCCCGACGGGUACCAGACCAAGGUCGGAGAGCGAGGCAUGAUGAUUUCUGGCGGUGAGAAGCAACGUCUUGCCGUGAGCAGGCUGCUGCUCAAGGACCCUCCCCUGCUGUUCUUUGACGAGGCGACGAGCGCCUUGGACACCCACACCGAACAGGCCCUCAUGCUCAACAUCAACAGCAUCCUGCGCGAAAAGGCACGCACCAGCGUUUUCGUCGCUCACAGGCUGCGGACCAUUUUCGACGCCGACCUCAUCAUCGUGCUCAAGGAGGGCAACGUUGCCGAGAUGGGCACCCACAGAGAUCUCAUUGACCAGGGCGGGUUGUAUGCUGAGCUCUGGAGCGCCCAGGAAACGCUCUUCGACACAGACGGACUGGAGAGAGAGCAGCCCGAAGAGGGCGAUGCUGUAGCGAAGCCGCCCACAGUGAAAUAA